AUGUUGCAGGUAUUCUCUCCUGGUGAUUUCAUUUGCAGAAAGGGCGACAUUGGUCGAGAAAUGUAUAUUGUAAAGCAAGGCAAGCUGCAGGUUGUUGCGGACGAUGUGGGUUACACGGAUCUUUUUGUUCUGAACAAGAACGAUCUCUGGACUGCACUGAAGGAAUAUCCAGAUGCUCGAAAAUUGCUCAUUGCGAAGGGGCGAGAAAUUUUGCGCAAGGAUGGUUUGCUGGAUGAGAAUGCACCAGAAGAACAGAUGACCGUUGAAGAGAUGACCGAAAAUUUGCAAAAUUCACUGAAGACAAUACAAAUCAGGAUGGCUCGUUUUGUUGCCGAAUUUACGAGUGCAAAAUCGAAGCUUUUAAAGAGGAUUGAAUACCUGGAGACACAGCUAGCGAAAUACCAACCCGAGGAAGAGGGUACCACAAUCGCCACCAGAUGA